GUGGAGCACUUUUUGGCAUCCUAGGUAGCAAAACCACGAAAUGGGGCAGAGAUCCAAUUGUGGGAGGUGCGUUCAUAAUACACGCCGUCAGUUACUUCCUGAUCUUCCUGAACUUGCCCAACAGUUCUCCCUUCAAUGAUACGAAUGAAAGUGCCUUCAUGACCAGCAACGCCAUUUUGGCAAUAUUUUGUUCUUUCUUGUUGGGAUUCGGUGAUUCCUGUUACAAUACUCAAAUAUAUUCUUUGCUGGGUUCGGUGUAUGCUGACAAAAGUGCCCCAGCAUUUGCCAUAUUCAAGUUCACACAGUCCGUUGGCGCUGCUGUAUGUUUCUUUUAUGCUGAUAGCUUGGUGCUCUAUGGACAACUUGCCAUUUUGCUGGUUUUUGGCACUUUGGGAACCAUUUCCUUCAUAUGGGUGGAAUGGACUGCGAAAAAGCAAAACACCUUGAAGAGGAGUGAAGACGAAAAAGGAUCAGCUGCCAACCUCACGUAGUCUGGCAUAUUCAUUGUUGACAAAAAUUAUUCUCGCUAUAUUUAAUUUAUGUAUAUAUGGAUUAAACCCUGAUGAUGAAUUUUCAAUUUAUACUGCGAGAUGAAAAAAUUGUGUGAUCAAAAGUUCAUUGAAAGAAAUAUGAUUGUAUAUAGUUCUGAUCACUAGCUGAUUCCCCUCUACAUUUUUGUAUGUGCAAUACUGUUGAAUAAAUGGUAUUAUUUCCACACAAUA